UCCUUCAGGCCUGUAUAGAUGAGAACCUGGACAUGGUGAAGUUCCUUGUAGAAAAUGGAGCCAAUGUGAACCAGCAAGAUAACGAGGGCUGGACCCCUCUUCAUGCAGUGGCAUCGUGUGGCUAUCUGAACAUAGCAGAGUACUUAAUUAGUCAUGGAGCCAAUGUGGCUGCUGUGAACAGUGAAGGUGAAGUCCCGUCUGACAUCGCAGAGGAAGCAGCCAUGAAGGACCUGCUUCUGGAACAAGUGAAGAAACAAGGUGUAGACCUAGACCUGGCAAGAAAAGAAGAGGAGCAGCAAAUGCUACAGGAUGCCCGACAGUGGCUGAACAGUGGGAGAAUUGAAGAUAUAAAGCAGCCUCGAACAGGUGCCACAGCUCUUCAUGUUGCUGCGGCAAAGGGCUAUUCUGAAGUCAUGAGGCUCUUGAUCCAGGCUGGGUUUAAUUUGAAUGUCCAGGACAAUGAUGGCUGGACUCCACUGCAUGCUGCUGCGCACUGGGGGGUGAAGGAAGCUUGCUCCAUCCUGGCUGAGGCACUGUGCGAUAUGGACAUCAGGAACAAGCUGGGCCAGACGCCAUUCGACGUGGCUGAUGAGGGACUAGUUGAGCAUUUAGAAAUGCUGCAGAAGAAACAGACUGUGUUACGAAGUGAGAAGGAGACGAGGAAUAAGCUAAUUGAAGCUGACAUGAACGGCAAGCCUCAAAGCGGACUCUUCACCAACAAAGAGAAGAUUCUUUAUGAGGAAGACAUGCUGAAGUCCUUGGAAAUGGAGGAAGAGAACAAGGACUCUAGCAGUUCUAGUUCUGAAGAAGAGGAAGAAGCUGAAGAAGAUGAAGUUUCAGAAUCAGAUGCUGAAAAGGAGACAGAAAGGAAGGAAGAGCCCUUUGCCAACCACUCCAGCCAUGAAACCAGGCCUAGCAUCACUGAGCAAAUACCACCACCCGAGCCCAACUCCUUCACUGCAUCUGCCAGAAGAUUCAGUUGGCUCAGCAAGUCAGAUGAGCAGAAGGAUGAGUCACCUUCAUCGUGGCGGCUGGGACUACGGAAGACUGGUAGUCACAACAUGUUGAGUGAAGUCGCUGCUACUCGUGAGGCGCAGAGAGAUAAGACUUCUUCUAUCUAUCGUUCUUCGUCAAGUCCUCGGAUAUCUGCAUUAUUAGACAACAAAGAAAAGGAUAAAGACAACAAGAGCUAUCUUGCCACAAUAGCCCCCAGAAGACUGAGCAGUACGAGCGAUAUAGAAGAAAAAGAAAACAGAGAAUCAGCUGUUAACCUAGUGCGGAGCGGCUCUUACACUCGGCAGCCAUGGAGGGAUGAAUCAAAGGGAAAUGAAGCUCCCCAUUCUGGUGCACCUACUACCUACGUAUCUACUUACUUGAAAAGUGCUUCAUUUGGUAGAAGUAGUGACCUCAGCAGUCCCUACAUUUCAGCCAGUCGCAAUACAUCUCUAGCUACCUCACCCACUACCAUUGGUUCAUCUACCUCAUUGGGCACCCCGUGGCAACCUGUCUCUUCCUGUCCCACAUCUCUCGGUGCGAACACUACUGCAUCAGCCCGCCAAUAUACCAGAGCCCCUUUCAGGCCACAAACUGAUUCUGCUGUAGAGAAAAAUACAGAGGGCAUCUCUGCUAGCACCCCCCUAGGUGUAAUCACAAAUCGUGCUAUACUCGGCUCUGCUAAUGGUAUUGCGAAUGCCGGUGCUGCCUCAACUACAGGAAAGGACUUCUCAGCUGAGGAAGCCAGGGAGCGCAGAAGGUCAUAUCUGACUCCGGUGCGGGAUGAGGAAGCAGAAUCGCUGAGGAAGGCACGAUCCAGGCAGGCCCGGCAGACUCGCAGGUCUACACAGGGUGUGACACUGACAGACCUUCAGGAAGCAGAGCGAACCUUCAGCCGGUCUCGGGCAGAGCGACAAGCUCAGGAACAGCAAAGUGAGAAAGCUGAGAGCACUGAGCCUGCUGAGGACAGCAGUGAAAGGCAGGAGACCCGUUCACGGUGGAGCAGAAAUACAGAUGAGGAGACUGUCUAUCGGCGAUUAAGGUGCCCAGUACAACCAGACAAACAUACGACACCUGUAUCUCCUUCGACGUCAGCACCUCUCCUUUAUACAAGUUCGUACCUGACUCGAACAAAUAAGUAUCUAGGUCUUGACUCUGUGAAUCCAGCAGACUUCAGAGGUGCAGCCACCGAGAUGGAGAAAAAUGAGUGUGAAGAUCAGGAUUUAGAUGACAGAUCUCCGAACAAACAGUCAAUCCGAGAGAGGCGGCGGCCAAAAGAGAGGCGAAGAGGCACCGGCAUCAUUUUCUCGACAAAAGAUGAUGAUGAUGAAGUUGAUGGAAAUGAGGAAGUGAAGGAAACUCGGCAUGAAAGACUUUCCAGGUUGGAAGCAGCUACAAACCCUGCCACCAGUGACUCCUCCUACAGCGAUCGUGCCUCCAGCCGCUCCAGUGCCUACACCCGGAGGGAGAACCGGUUAGCUGCCCUCAGCAGCAGAGCAGAAGAGGAGAGUAACAGGGACUAUAAGAAAUUAUAUGAAAGCGCCCUGUCUGAAAAUCAAAAGCUGAAGUCAAAACUGCAAGAAGCCCAGCUUGAAUUGGCCGACAUCAAAUCAAAGUUGGAAAAAGCAGCCCAGCAGAAACAGGAGAAGACUUCUGACCGGUCCAGCAUGCUGGAGAUGGAAAAAAGGGAGAAGCGAGCCCUGGAGCGGAAACUCUCUGAAAUGGAAGAGGAGAUGAAGAUUUUGACAGAGCUGAAGUCGGACAACCAAAGGCUGAAGGACGAGAACGGAGCCCUCAUUCGUGUCAUCAGCAAGCUCUCCAAGUAGGAAGCCUGAGCAAAGGCAGGAUGAAGAGGGGUGCCCCACACGAGCUGCCAACCCCGCCACCAAGCCCUACCCCCCUCUUUUCCUCCUGUCAAAAGUACAGCAAGCGUUUCAGCCAUGGGAUCAAUCUGUCACACCUGCCCUGCCCUGCCCUUUGCUGUACAUUCCCUUUCUGCCCUUAUUUCCCCCACAACACACACCCCUGCCAUUUUAUUAUUUUUAAUUUAAGCAUGUUGUGGUAUCUCGGACAUUUUAUUCAAGGGAGAAGAGAAACGCGAGGACUGGGUUUGAGCUGCCAAAACUUCUUCCUCCAGAAGCCCAGUAUUUGGUGUUGGACUCUGAUCUGGAGUAGGUAGCUCCUACUUUAAAAAGUGAUGCCUAAAGAACUAAUCCAGCACAUCCAAGCCCUUUACAGGUGGGAAAUGUGAACAUGGGCUGGGACUCUGAGGGUGCACAUCAACCCACCCAAGAUGUGGGACUCUGGUUAAAAUGUGAUGCUGUGAAAGCCACCAGGGCUGAUUUCUGUAACAGGCUGACGACAGUUGCUUUGCACAGAGACCUUCUUCUCCUUUCGCCCCAGUAGACCAAGUCUUUUAUUUAAUAUAAGAUUUCGAACCUGUUCAGUAACAUCAGCGCUGACUCUCGGCGUCAGAUCCCUCACCCUGCCUUUCCUCCGCAGCCUGGGUGAUUUGGUAUCACGUUGUAUCCUUCCAGGGCUCCUGUCUCAGCAGUUGGUAGCGUCUGCUAAUUGCAUCUGGACUCUUGCUCCUCAGGAUAGGAUGUAUCGCAGAUACUUGCCAAGCUUCCUGAAGGACAAGCUUGAACCCCUAGAGAUCCUCUGCUGCUUUCACAAGCAUAUGAGCGUGAAUCACUUUGCAGGGAGCUGGGCCCACACCAGAAACCAGCCUCCCCGUCCUAACAUGUCUGGGACGUUUUCCUGCUAUCUUCAUGAAGGCAGAGCCCUGUAGAGGAGUCUGGUCAGGUAUUUCAGGCACCUUGCUUUGAUUUGCAGCAGGAGGCUGACCAAGUGAAAGGCAGCACUGGUUUGUUUGUAGAGAGAGGGAAUGCCAGAGUCCAGUCCCACCCACCCAUCUGUUGGUGAAGAAGCUUGAUGAAGUUGGGUUUCGAGGCAGAGGAGCAUGAAGCGGUGAUCGCUUGUCCUCCCGCAUGCCUUGGAAAGGUGUGGGUGCAUCGGUGUCAGAGGGACAAGGAGCUACCCUUGGGCGUGCUGGUAACUGUAUUGCUAUGAUGAAAGUCUUUUAAUCUGUCAAUAAGCCUUGACCUUGAAGGAAACCUCAAAAAAAAACCUCUUUAAUGUUAUACGUACUCAGAACAGUUUCAGAUUGUUCUCUCUAUGGGCAUUUAGACAGUGGCUCCUCUACAUGCUGUGUGAUUUUGAUGAUAGCAGCAAUAACCUGUCAUCAGAUCUGUUGAGCUUCCCCUUAAUAGACUCCUUUCAAACAAUAACUUCCCUUUCAGAGACUUCUUGCUGUAUCCAAACCACUUUCCCAUCUACAUCCUUCCAUAUUUGUCCUUUCAUUUCCUUUGUCCUUUGAUUUCCCUGCUCUGUCUGGCUGAGAGUUGCAGUCUCAGUCACUGAACUUGGAGGUUGCCAUGAAGAAGUUCUACCUACGUUCCCAGGCACCUCUGCUGAUUGUGGGCUCGUGGCUCCCGCCGGGCUGGUGGGACUCUUUCCACUAUGAGAGAGAUAGAUGAGAUACUUGAACAUGAGCAUAAGUCUUGAGCUUGCUCAACAGGGUAAAAUUUAUCUCUAUCAGUCAAUCCUGGGCUUUUUGGAGGGUUUUGCUGGUUAUUGCUUCAGAAGGCAUGUGUAUUUUCCUCUUCCUUGGCUUUUUUUCUUUGGGUGUUUUUUUUUUUCUAAUUCUCCAUUUUUUCCCCUCCCCAUCCUGCCUGUUUCCACCUCUCUAGCUCUUCUUAGAGCUGCCGGCUUUUCCCCAGGCAGC